AUGAGAAAAUCUUGGAUCAUUAUUGCAGCACUACUAGUUGUAUCUGCAGUUGCUGAUGUAAAAUUAGUAACUUCUGAAUUCUCUGCUAAGAAUUUCGAUAGCUCAGCCGUAUCUGGUUGGUCAGUUACAGGAAACAAAAAUAACAAUUUAGUUUCUACUUGCGGUGAUCAAUCUAUUUUUGGUGGUUAUGAUGCUUUUGGUGCUCGUGCCAGCGCUAGCAAAGACUACAAUUCUGGAGUCGAUCAUUUUGAACUUACUUUCAAUUUCGAUAUAUACACUGUCGAUUCUUGGGAUAAUGAAGUCUUUUCUCUUUACGUCGAUGACUAGUUAGUUUAUAGUUUAUAAGCUUAAUUCAAUACAGUCUCUCCCAGACCAAUUAAUGGUGCUUGCGGUUCAGCAUCAUGGUAAGAUAGAUGGUAAUCCGUCACUGUUAAGCUUAAUCACUACAGAAGAUAAUUCAAUGUUAGAUUAACCUCUACUCUUGAUUAAGAUGCUAAUGAUGAAUCUUGGGGUGUCAAGAAUUUCUAGAUUCUCGCAAGACACGGUGGUGGUAACAUUUAAGUAAUUAGUGAAGAAUUUAGCUAAGACUCAUUUAAGAGCGAUGCUUCUUCAUGGACUGUUGUCAACGUUUCACCAGCAUUUACUACAUGUGGUGAUGGUAACAAAAUUUUCGGUGGUUUCAAUUCUAUGGGUAGGGAUUCUAUUGUUUCUAAAACCUACAAUAAUUUACCUUCUCAUUAUGGUGUUUUAUUUGCCUUCGAUCUCUGGCUUAUUGAUUCACCUGAUGGCAAUGAUUACGUUUAAGUCAUAGUUGAUGGUUAAAUAUCUAGAUUCUACAGACCUGAUUGGAACUAUGGUGACCCUUAAAAUUUCUUAUGCGGUGUUUAAGGAUGGUCUGAAAGAAUUGUUAAAAUUAACCUUUUCGUCCCUCACAAAGGUCCUUCAAUUAAUAUUGCAUUGAGAGGUGUUUUUGAUGAAGCAAAAGACAAUGAAUCCUUCGGUUUCAGAAACCUCAGAAUUGUUUCUCUUGGUUGCUCUUCAGCAAGAUGCCAAUAAGUUUCAAACGAAUUCUAUCAAUAAACUUUUGCUGAUCCUUAAGGCUGGACAGAUGAAGGUGGAAAUGCUCUCCCUUCUCCUUUCAAAACUUGCUCUGGAGCUACAUUAUUUGGACCUUUCUCAGUUCCUAUUGAAAAAACCUAUGACUCACUCUAACCCCACUCUGGUGUAAGAGUCUUCUUAAGAGUCUUUGCUCUUGGAGAUUGGUCAAACGCUAACACUAAUUUGAGAUUCUUCGUUAACGAUGUCUUAACCACUCCUAAAGUUGCUGCUGAAUUCGCUAAGAAUAAAAUUUGUGAUGCAGACACAGAAAGCGUUAGAAACUACUUCAUUGAUGUUCCUCAUGCUAACUCUAUCUUAGAUCUCGAUAUUAAGCCCGUCAACUUUGCAGGAAACACUAAAUAUACUAUCAGAGAUUUAUCCGUAACAGCUUACGUUGAAGAAGGUCAAACUUUGAUUUCAUCAGAAUUCACCUAAGUCAACUUCGAUAGUGCCACUGGUUGGACUGUUAAUGGAAACACAAAUGGAGUAACUACAUCAAGAUGUGGUAGGUUCUCAGUCUUUGGUGGAUUUAAUGCUUUUGGAAGAAAGACAUCUGCCUCUAAGUUAUAUAACUCACUUCCUGAUCACGACUUCGCUGUCAUCGUUUUCACCAUUUACUUCAUUGAUACUUGGGAUAGAGAAAACUUUAACGUCGCUGUAGAUGAUGCCAUCAUAAAGAGAAUGACUAAAUCAGAUACUUGGUCUGGACAUUAAAACUUGUGCGGUAGAGGUGAUUCCAUGGAAGAAACCUACACUGUCUAACUUUAUGUACCUCAUUCUGCUGCUACCCUUAAGCUUACUUUUAGUGAUGAACUUGAUCAAACAACCGUAAAUAAGAUAUUCUUUAUUAAUUUAUCAUAUAAUUAAAAAAUUUAAACUAAUAAUAGGAUGAUGAAUCUUGGGGUAUUAGAGAUUUAUCCGUUCUUGUUGGUAAGAACCAAGGUGCUGGUUAUGUUUCUAAAGACGAUACUAACUGCAUUUAAAUUUUCACUGCUUGCAACUACGACGGCUAAUCACUUUCUGUCUGCGAUGAUAUCCCUGAUUUAUCUGCUAUUGGAUGGACUAAGCCAAUCAGAUCUAUUAACAUUCCUUAAGGAAAGAGUAUUAAAGCCUACAAGUCUGCUAAUUACAAAGGAGAUUUCAAGGAAUUCACUUCUUCUCAAGAUUGUUUAACUGGUCAAAACUAUCUCCUUAUUAACAGAGCUUUCAACAUUGACGUUGAACCUGAAACAAAAUUAAAACACUAAAGAAGAGUUUGAAAAAACAAGCUUCUUUCAGAUAUUUUUAAUAUAAGUAUGA